CAUUUAUUCAGCUAUAUUAAUCUUUUAAACAAAAUAAAAUGGAUUUCUUAAACUCAUCAGAUCAAAAUUUGACCUCAGAGGAACUGUUAAAUAGAAUGCCAUCUAAAAUUCUGGUGUCCCUUACUCUGUCCGGGCUGGCACUGAUGACAACCACCAUCAACUCCCUAGUGAUUGCUGCAAUCAUUGUGACCCGGAAGCUGCACCACCCAGCCAACUAUCUAAUUUGCUCCCUUGCAGUCACUGACUUCCUUGUAGCUGUCCUAGUGAUGCCCUUCAGUAUUGUGUAUAUUGUGAGAGAGAGCUGGAUUAUGGGGCAAGUACUCUGUGACAUUUGGCUGAGUGUUGACAUCAUCUGUUGUACGUGUUCCAUCUUGCAUCUGUCAGCUAUAGCUUUGGAUCGAUAUCGAGCAAUCACAGAUGCUGUUGAGUAUGCCAGGAAGAGGACUCCCAAGCAUGCCGGCAUUAUGAUUACAAUAGUGUGGGUUAUAUCUGUGUUCAUCUCAAUGCCGCCUCUCUUCUGGAGGCACCAAGGAACUAGCCGGGAUGACGAGUGCAUCAUCAAACAUGACCACAUUGUUUCCACAAUUUACUCAACGUUUGGAGCUUUCUAUAUCCCACUUCUGUUGAUAUUAAUCCUCUACUACAAAAUAUAUAGAGCAGCAAGGACACUAUACCACAAGAGACAAGCAAGUCGAAUCGCAAAGGAGGAGCUGAAUGGCCAAGUCCUUUUGGAAAGUGGUGAAAAGAGCAUUAAAUUGGUCUCCACAUCCUAUAUGCUAGAAAAAUCUUUGUCUGAUCCAUCAACAGACUUUGAUAAAAUUCACAGCACAGUGAAAAGUCCCCGGUCUGAUUUGAAACAUGAGAAAUCUUGGAGAAGGCAAAAGAUCUCAGGCACAAGAGAGCGCAAGGCAGCCACCACCCUGGGAUUGAUCUUGGGUGCAUUUGUAAUAUGUUGGCUGCCUUUUUUUGUAAAAGAAUUAGUUGUUAAUGUCUGUGAAAGAUGUAAAAUUUCUGAAGAAGUGUCAAACUUUUUGGCAUGGCUUGGCUAUCUGAAUUCUCUUAUAAAUCCACUGAUUUAUACCAUCUUUAAUGAGGACUUCAAGAAAGCAUUCCAAAAACUUGUGCGAUGUCGAUAUUAGUUUAGAGAAAGUCUAUUAUUAAAGGGUGGAGGCCUUAUUUGUUUGGGAGGAAAUAACUAAAUGAAUGUAAAGUAAUAAAACAUCUAAAUUUUUAGAGGAAACAUAUUACAACUGCUGAAAUUAUAAGAAUUUAAAUUUAUGUUUUAAUAGCACCAUGAAUAUAAGAUGUACUGAUCUGACCAUCAUUCUAGGGCUAUUAAAAUUAGGAAAUAAUUUAUGCAUCUUAUAAAUAAUAUUUUGCCUAUGUAUUAUCUCUAAAAAGCUAACUGCA